AACCUAAAUCCCCAAUUUCUGCCUCAUCCCUCACCCACUUUGAUCCAUCAUUGCUCAAUUAUGAAGAAGAUGCUUGAUUUAGAUACGAAAGAAUCACUGAGGGAGAUGAGAAUGGAGAUGUUUCAUUACAACAGGAAGUUUCAGAACUAAGGAAAGAAUUGGAUGAUGUCAAAGAGUACGUCAAGUCAAUCAAACAAUGCCACUGUCAUCAACCCAAGAGUUUCGAAUACAAAAAGCCUGAAUCUGUGCGAAAAAGUGACGCCUACAUCAUCCGUGGCUUCGACAAUUUUAACAGGAACUGCUUCUUCAGUGCCGUUAUCCAGGUCUUACUAUGCAUUCCCCACCUGCGUGUUCCAUUCAUGAAACUGAAUGACUACGAUAGACCACUCACUAGAGCAGUAAAGGAACUGUUCAUCGAAACAAGUCUGCCCCCGGUCUCACAUUGUGACGAACGUUUUCGAAAUUUGUAUUACUGCUUUUGUGCCAAAUGCCCCCAAUUCGGCGAUGGUCAGGAUCAAGACAGCCAAGAGUUUCUUGUUUGCUUACUUCAGAGACUGCGAGAGGAAGAAGAAGAUCUGGUUCAGACCAUUCAGAAUUCACCUCCUCUCUUGGUGUAUUCGAUCUUUGGAGGCCAGGUCUUGAAUACCACAUCUUGCCGUAUGUAUAACUGUAGGUACACUAAUAAACAGGACGAGCCUUUUCUACAGAUAUUACUACCAAUCCCUGUUACUGGUGAUUUGAGUCGUGCUUCCAUGGUUGGCAAUAAGGAUGCCACAGUGUCCUUAAUUACUUGCUUAGACCAGUAUAUAGAGUUGGAAUUUCUCCCUGGUAGGCGCUGUGAUCGUUGUUGUUGCACGGGUGGGAAUAAAAGUAUUCGAGUUAUUUGUGCUCCUUUGAUUUUGACAAUUAGCUUAAAGAGGUUUAACGCGGAGAAUAAGAAGAUAAAUGACCAUAUCAUCUUUGAGGAGACCUUUGAUCUACGAGCAUACAUGGACGACAGGUAUGUCGGGAGUGAUAAGCUUGAAUAUCACCUGAUCGGUGUUGUGGUGCACGAGGGAUCAGUGAAUACAGGCCACUGUUUUGCGUAUGUGAGAGGUGACAAAAGUGGAGGUAGUAAAGAAGAUAAUGAAGAUUUCACCUGGUAUUGUUUAAAUGAUCUGGUUGUUCGUGAAGUUUCUUUAGGAGAGGUCCUUCAGUCACAGGCGUAUAUGUUGUUUUAUGAAAAGAGAACAUCAGCCCCUCAGACCUGCACACCCAUCAGUAACCAUGGGUCUUCAAAACAGAGGCAUCGACGUUCGAGAUCAACCACAUAUGGGUCUGGUAAGAAGGUUUCUUCAGAGAGGCCAUGGAAGUCGCCUGAUGAGGCUUCGUAUUCAAGUUGGAGAUAUUCUUCUUUGGAGGAUUUGAAAGGAAAUGGUGGUGGUAGAUGGAGAUCCGACGAUUAGUGCUUAGAAGAUGAGCAGAAGUGCCAGUCUACCUUUGACAGCCUGCAUGGAUGCGGAAGAACAUUUUCUUCGUAAAUGGAUGUUGAUUUUCUGAACUGAAACUGAUUUUUGUACUGCAUUAUGUUAAAACCAGGAGUGAAAAAGCAUUGGAUUGGGGUGAUUAAGCAUCAACUAAUUAGAAGGGAACAGAGAAGGAGGGGUAGAUUUUGUUGCAUUCCUAGAUGUCUUUUGUUUUUUUCGAAUCAGAAAUUCCUAGAUGUCCCUAACAAUUGAAACUUAGGAAUUGAAUAGCGUGGUUUUGGUUAAAGUUGCUGGGGGUGAUUCCACGAUUGAUGUGUUUGUAUGCUUUUAGAGUUUAAUUCGGUGAGAUUUCUGUUUAUAUUUUUACUA